AGCAGUCCCGCGGUGAAAGCUAGGGAGCUGCUCGGGUCCUGGCAGUAAAGCCUGUGAAUGACUGAGCACUGGCGGCACUAAUAAUAAGAAUAGCAGCAGCAGCAGCAGGAGCAGGCGCCACAGCUACCGCGGCUCCUCUCCCGCGUCUCCUUUCCUCCCCCUGCUGUUGCCCUAGCCCAGGGAAGCCAGCGAGCAAGCGAAGUGAGGGAGAGAGCAGCUGGCGGGAGGCGCGGAGACCACGUCUAGUUUCGGGCAGAGACGACUGGGCUGGCGGCGGCGGGGCUCGAGCGCCGAAAAUAAAGCACGUUCUUGUGCUGACCGGGCGCGGAGAGGAUGAGGCAAUGCCGGGAGUGGGCGCUCCUCUGGUUGGGGGUCGGCAGCCUGCUCGCCGCCAAAGUGAACAAACACAAGCCAUGGAUUGAAACAUCUUAUCAUGGAGUUAUUACUGAAAACAAUGACAUAGUCAUUUUGGAUCCUCCACUGGUUGCUUUGGAUAAAGAUGCUCCUGUUCCUUAUGCAGGUGAAAUCUGUGCUUUUAAAAUCCAUGGACAGGAAAUGCCCUUUGAAGCAGUAGUGCUAAACAAGACAUCUGGAGAAGGUCGUCUUCGAGCAAGACGUCCAAUUGACUGUGAACUGCAGAAGGAGUACACAUUCAUCAUCCAGGCAUAUGACUGCGGUGCAGGGCCUAGUGGAACAAACUGGAAGAAAUCUCACAAGGCUGUGGUCCAUAUCCAGGUAAAGGAUGUCAAUGAGUUUGCACCCACUUUUAAAGAAACAACUUACAAAGCUACUGUGACAGAAGGAAAAAUCUAUGACAGUGUACUUCAAGUGGAAGCUAUGGAUGAGGAUUGUUCUCCUCAGUAUAGCCAGAUAUGCAAUUAUGAAAUUGUCACUACAGAAGUGCCAUUUGCCAUUGACAGAAAUGGGAAUAUCAGAAACACUGAGAAGCUGAGUUAUGACAAACAGCAUCAGUAUGAGAUAAUGGUGACAGCUUUUGACUGUGGGCAAAAACGUGCCACUGAGGUUGUCCUGGUGCGAGUGGAAGUCAAGCCUGUGUGCAAACCUGGAUGGCAAGACUGGAAUAAGCGUAUUGAGUACAAGCCUGGUUCUGGGAGCAUACCUUUGUUUCCAAGCAUCCAUCUGGAGACGUGUGAUGGACCUGUUUCUUCUAUCCAAACCACUAUUCAGCUACAAACAAAUUACAUUGGAAAGGGCUGUGACCGUGAGACUUACUCAGAAAAAUCACUUCAGAAAUUAUGUGGAGCAUCAUCGGGUGCCAUUGACUUAUUACCAACGCCCAGUGCAGCAACUAACUGGACAGCUGGUCUUCUGAUAGACAGCAAUGACAUGAUCUUUAAAUUUGAUGGAAAACAAGGGGCCAAAAUCCCUGAUGGAAUAGUACCAAAGAAUCUAACUGACCAAUUUACUAUCACAAUGUGGAUGAAACAUGGCCCAAGUCCAGGAUUAAGAGCAGAGAAGGAAACUAUUCUGUGUAAUUCAGAUAAGACAGAAAUGAAUAGACACCACUAUGCACUUUAUGUGCACAACUGUCGACUUGUGUUUCUGUUGCGAAAAGAUUUUGACCAGGCUGAUACCUUCCGUCCUGCAGAAUUUCAUUGGAAGCUUGACCAGAUUUGUGAUAAAGAAUGGCACUACUAUGUCGUCAACGUUGAAUUCCCAGUAGUUACCUUGUAUAUGGAUGGGACAACAUAUGAACCUUACCUUGUAACUAAUGAUUGGCCUAUUCAUCCAUCACACAUAGCAAUGCAACUAACCGUUGGUGCUUGUUGGCAAGGAGGUGAAGUCACGAAACCCCGGUUUGCUCAGUAUUUCCAUGGCAGUCUUGCCAGCCUCACCAUCCGACCCGGCAAAAUUGAGAGUCAGAAAGUGAUUUCCUGUUUACAGGCCUGCAAAGAAGGUCUGGAUAUUAACUCUCUGGAGAGUCUUGGCCAAGGAAUAAAGUAUCACUUCAAUCCUUCCCAGUCAGUACUUGUUAUAGAAGGAGAUGACAUUGGAAAUAUAAAUCAAGCUCUCCAGAAGGUCUCCUAUAUUAACUCCAGGCAGUUUCCAACCUCAGGCAUCCGCCGUCUUAAAGUCUCAUCCAGAGUCCAAUGUUUUGGUGAAGAUAUCUGCAUUAGUAUCCCAGAUAUAGAUGCCUAUGUAAUGGUGUUUCAGGCCAAGGAGCCCAAGAUUACAAUAAGUGGAAUGGAUCAUUUUGCAAGACCAGCUGUACAGUUUGAACAUGAAAAUGGUGUGACUCUUUUACCAGAUAUCAAAAUCGUCAGCACAGUCACUAAAAUGGAACAUCCUCCUGAUCUAAAGGAAAUGAUGGAUAGAGUCCACAAGCCACUUAUGUUAGAAGAAAUGCACCACAAUUUGGAUUUUUGUGACAUUUUGGUAAUUGGGGCUGAACUGGAUCCUACACAAGAAUGUUUGGAAUUAGAUCGUAAGGAACUUCAGGGAAAACACUUAGAUGCUACAAACUCAACAGCAGGCUAUUCAAUAUAUGGUGUGGACACCAUGAAAAACUACGAGCAGGUCUUGCGAGAGGUCCGCUAUCGUAAUUGGCAUACAUCUUCCAUCUUUGACAGAAAAUUUAGAAUCAAAUGUUCAGAGCUAAAUGGGCGUUAUACCAGUAAUGAAUUUAAUUUAGAGGUUAAUAUUCUACAUAAUGCCAACUCCAAUGCUAUGGAAUAUGUAAAUCAUAUGGUAAUGCAACCACAAUUUCUCCAGUCCAUCCAUCACCCAGAGGAAAGCAUAAAUAAUAUUCAUGGCUCAGUACUUCCAAGUAUUGCUACCAUUGUCAUAGUAGGAUGUAUCAGUAUCCUAGUCUUCAUCAUAGUUCUGGGAGUAUACAGAAUUUGGAUAGCUUACCAUCACAGCUCAAAAGAAACUGAAAGCAGCAAAGAAAAUGAAAUGGACUGGGAUGAUUCAGCUCUCACCAUUACUGUCAACCCCAUGGAAAAAUAUGAAGAACCUCAUCAUGCAGAAGAAGAAAGUGAUGAGGAGGAAGAGGAAGUAGAAGAUGAAGAUGAAGAUACAACUAGUGCCGAGUCAGAUGAGAGUGAAGAGGAGGAAGAUGAAGAGGAAGAAGCCAUUGAAAAUAAUGGAAGGAAACAUAAUGUAAUCAGGCAAGAUCAGCUGGAGUGGGAUGAUUCAACACUAACCUACUAGAAACCCUUACUUCUAUUGCUCCUUUUGUAUACACCAAUACUGUGUAUUUCUGAGUCAGUCCUACUGAGUCAACCUCAUCUUGGACUUAUGAAUUAAUUAACAGGAUUAAGCUCCCUUUUGACUACAGAUGGUAGAACUGCAUAGCCUGAAUUUGAUGCAGUUGUAUCAAAGCUGCUCCAGAAAAUUAUUACUUUCCUAGUGUAUGGGUAAUGACACCUGGCAAAGCACAGGGUACAAUCAUUAAUGUGUUACCCAGAAUGACAACACCAACGUGAUGCCAUGUACUGCUUGCCACUUCUUCACUUCCUUGAAAUCUUGCUAUCUUCUAAACAUGAAUAUGCAAAAAUUCUGUUCACCAGAAGAGGCAGCACAGCUUGUUUGUAAGGAUACAACUUGUGAGAGUCCAGAUAGACAUAAGCCUCUAGUGGGUUUCAUUUGACUCUUUGUCUAGUUAAGAACCCUACUUUCAGAGGCAGACAAAGAUGUAAGUGCUACCUGUUAAAAGGACAAAAUUAAUUUGUUCCCUUCCCGCUUUUCUGCCUUGUGGUUAAUUGCCUUCUGCAGAGGAAUUCAAAAUACUUUGUACAUGUGUGUUUGUGUGUUUUAAAGAAUGGGUAAUCUGUUUUUUUCCUAAUGUUGAAAAUUCAAAUGGAAAAAAUCUUGCCGAGUCCAUCUACAGAAGAAACUCAGUUAAUGCCAUAUAAAAUCCCAUAAACUGAAACUUUUGCUUAUGAUGAUUUUUCAAAGCCCAGUGCUAAACAGAUUAAGUAACGUUAUCUCAUGUGAAAAAUAGUCUCAGUGGGGAUAUUAUUUUUUGAUAAGACUUGCAUUUCAAAUCUUUUUAGAAAAUCUAUUCGAGUAACUUGCAUUGGAAGUCAUUAUUUGUUCCAGUAUUGCAUGGCAGCACUAAUACCACAGAUAGGCUCAGUUGGGAUUUAGACAAGUGUUGCAUCUAUGAAUCUAAACAAAUAUAGGUCAGCUUCAGGAAAACCUGCCCUCUUUCUCUCUCUGAGUGUUUUUUUUUAAGCCUUUAAUUAUUGCAGUUGGAAUGAGUGUCUGGUAUACUCUGUUUAUUACUAAAAUAUAUUCUAGUGCCAAGAAUACAGUGCUCCAGAUAAAAGUGAGCACAGAGUGGUCCUUUCUUUUAAUUCUUCAACAAAAAAUACUUUGGAAAAUACAAGGGGAGAUUAUAAUGCAAAAUUCAAACACAGAAAAAAAAAGGUAGUAGAGUUUGGGAAAAAUAGUUUAUAAUAUAGGAUAGGUUUGCAUUUUUUUCCUCCUAACUGCUAUAUUCUAAAUGUUGCUAAGAUAUUGAUAUGUCUGUGUGGGUUGUUAUAUUACUUAUUUUUCAUUUCUUCCUCCUUUCUCCCCCCCCCUUUCUUUUACAGCUCUAAAAUUAUAUGAAUACCAAAUAGUGCAGUACUUGAUGCUGUGCAUGUUUUAAAUACAUAAAAACCAGGGUAUUUGAUGCAGAAGCAAAGAAUGGUAUUUCAUAGAUAUGUAUUAGUAAUUUAAUAUUUCCCUAAUAUUAUUGUGUUUGCUUUUGAUGUGUUAUCCCAUCCGUGUUUGAGAGGAGUGAUAUUUCACCAUCCUGUAUCAAGGAAGCCUUGGUGUAUAAAAAAAUUCCUAUGCUAGGAUUAGAACAGUUUGUCGGUUUGGAAGAUGAAAGGUUCUGCUGCCAGUUUUUCCUCUACACAUAGAUGUUAGUUUUGAGCAAAGGACAUUGUAAAUUGCCCUGUAUAUGGUAAACUUCUUUGUCCAUCUAAACCAGGAUUGUCUACCCUCACUGGCCUGGGCUGUCCAAGACAGGGGUCUUUUCUGUCAACUACUAUUUUCAUUUUAACUGGAGAUGUCGGGAGUUGAAUCUGGGACCAUGUACGUGCAUACCCUUUGUCCAUAAGCUUUCAGGCUUGCAUAUGAGAAAGUAACAAACUGUCGUAGUACUUUGCAGACAAAAAUGGACACAAUGAGCAUUUUGGGAAUUACUGAUGGAUGUUUCAUUUGGAAGACAGAAGGGUCUAAAGAAAAUCCAUUGGAGCAACUGCCUUUGCCUCAUUUUGGCAGCUGCUCCAUGCUUUGAUCCGGAUGAGAUUAGAUAAAUCAACUCUGUCAUACAGAUGCUGUUCAAGCAUCUAGGACUUAACAGAUCUUUCUAUCUGCGGAUGAAGUCUGAAGCAUAUUAAUGCAGAAAGAAGGGGUGCUUAAGUAGCUGUGGAUGAAUGGGGUUCCUUCUGCUUUUUGGUAACCUGUGUCCCAAAGUGAAUAAUUUGUACAUUAUUUAAUAGGCACGUCUUAAUUUAGGCUUACGAGAAGAAGCUGAAGUUAAGUAAUUUUGUUUUAGUUUAGUAGUGUACAUAACUUUUCUGUUAUUUAUACUUCCUAAAGCUGAACUGGAUUUCAACAGAAUGAAGAAUACAUUAUUUUUUGUCAUGAACAGAAGUUACAGGAUUAUAAUUGAAAUUAAUAAGACCAAACGAAGCAGUCUAAAACAAUGUAAAGGACUAGCACAGGAUAAAAUAGCACUGAUUUGCAACUUUCUUUUCCCAAUAGAUAAAUUAACAUUUUUGCUAGAAGCUUGUUUACCCAAGGAAUGCAUUUGGGUUUCAACAUUCAGAGGUUCACCAUCAGUUAAAUUCUAUAGGCUUAAAAGUUAUAGCUUUAAUUGUUAAGGCUGUUAGUGUUAGAAAACAGAACCAGUCUCAAGGAACUGUGAAAAAGAUUGUUCUAAUGAAGAAGUUGAAUGAAAUUGAUAAAGUUAUUGGUUCAGUUUAAAUAUACAAGA